AAUUCAAUGUUACUAUCAUCAUCACCAUUGAAACGUAAUGAUAAUGGUAUCAAAUAUGGUUGCCUUAUAAAUUCAUCAAAACUAAUGUGGCCAACAUUGUAUUGGGUCGAAUUGAUUCUUAACUUAAAUCCAACACAUGUAAAUAUACAGCCACCUAUUGGUUCAUAUUUAUCGGAUGAAUUAAAAACAGAAGUUGUUUGUCGUUCAUAUGGUGCACGACCAUAUUCAUUAAUUACCUGGAUUUUGGAUGGUGUUAAUGUUACAGAAUUAAGUGAUUAUGAUUUUGAAAUGAAUUAUACUGAAAGUGUAUUACGUUUUAAACCACAAUGGAUACAGGAUCAAAAACGUUUA